GAUGAGAGCUCUGAGAUGCGCUCUGCUUCUCCUCCUGCUGCUCCAGUGCGUUUCCUUACUGCCCGUGUCUCACACUCAGCUGGAGCACGAGGACGUGAAGGUGAUUAAGUGUAUCGUGGAGGUGCUGGCUGAUGCCCUGAGUGAACCUCACUCCCUCCCCGUGUCUCAGCAGUGCCUGGAAACCCUCAGGACCGAUGACAGACUCAUGACCGUGCUGCGUCACCAGAACUUCCUCCAGGAGCUGCAGGACAUCGCUGUUGCAGGAGCCAAUGAGAGAUCUGAGAAAGGAAUAGAGGAACGUUCUGACCACGCCCAGGACCUCCAGGAACCUGCAGAUCAGUCCAUGCUGAUGGCCGUCCUGACCCCGGGAGAGACGGUGAACAAGAGAGGAGCGGAGGAGGAGAAGGACCAGGAGUCUCAGGAGAAUGACAUCAUCACCAGUCACGAGGAAGAUGAGAAAGGAGAACAAGUGGUGAUGAAGAAAACAGAAAAGAGUGAGGAAGAAGAAGAAGCAGAUGAGGAAGGAGCACCUGGAGCUCCAGAACACAAACGUGUGGAGGAGGAGAGUCAGGAGGAGAAGCCUGUGGAGAAAAGUCUGGGAAAGCAGAAACCCUGGAGUCGUAGCAGGGAGCUGGUCCAUGGCAGGGCUUACAGCCAGCAGGAGGCGCUGCACCACUCCAAAGAGGUGUGGAAGAGCCCUGAGGAGGAGGAGCUCCAGAUGAUGGCAGGAAGAGACCCAGAGGAGGGCAGCGCCGCCAAGAAGACUGAGGACGCUGAGAUGGAGAGCUUGGCUGUGAUGGAGAACGAGUUGGAGAACAUGGCUGAGAAACUACACAAGCUUCGACGUGGCUGAAACACACCAGCGUUCCUCCUCGAGAGGAACCUUCUGUCUGAAAUGCACACGGCUCUGCAGCGUAAACACACAUCCAGGACAUGAUCUGCUUCAGCUUCACCUCCGUCUCGCUCGCUUACUGAAGAACACGUGACGUUAAAACAACAUGAGAAAAAAGCUGUAGUAGUAGUAAUAAUAAUCAUCAUCAUCAUCAUCAUUAGUA